CGGGCGGAAGCGCCGCCCCGCGCGGGUUUCCCCGGGCGCCGCCGAGGGUUCCGCCAUGGAGGGCCCGGGGUCGUGGCCGAGCUCGGCGGGCGCGGGGCGGCCGCUGACGGAGGACGAGAUGGCGGAGGUGAAGAAGGACGCUUUGGAAAGGAUGCGUCCUUACCUGUGUGAUAAGAUCAUAGCUGAGAGACACUUUGACUACCUGCGUUCUAAGAAAAUACUCACUAGGGAGGACACAGAAGAAAUUUCUGCUCGAUCUUCCAGUAGGAAGAAAACUGGGAAGUUACUGGACUACUUAGCAGAAAAUCCGAAGGGACUAGAUACUUUGAUUGAAUCUAUCAGACGAGAAAGAACACAAAACUUCCUGUUACAAAAGAUAACUGAUGUAGUGUUGAAAGUCAAAAAUGAAAAGCUUGAAGCUCUUAAAGGUUUAAGCUGCAGCACCUGUAUGACCUCACUGUAUGGAGGAACAAAUAAUCUUUCUAGAUCCUUUUCUGAUGAAUCAAAUUUUCUGGAUAAAACAAAAGACAAAGAAUCUACCCAGAUACAUCACCCAGAAGAAGAUUAUAGCACCACUGCCUUUGUGUCUGCUGUCUCUCUUCAUUCAAUGAAUUUACCAAUUGCAGAGAUGGGCAAUUCACAGUGCAGUGUUUUCUCAGCCACCCUGCCAGGGCCUGGAGACCCUGGUGCACCCCCACUGCCCCCAGAGCUCCAGUCAGAGCAGCAAGAGCCGUGUACCAGUUCAAGUGACAAUUGCUUUUUGCCUUUAAGAUCACGUUCUGUUCAACCACAGUGAGUGCCGUGACUUUCAUCUGUUCAUCCAAAUGGUACUGAAACUUUGUGGGAUGUCUCAUAAAGGCUAAAAAAUGUUUUCAAUCUGUCAGGAAAAUUGGAGGAAAUCAACUAUGCAAUUUCUGUUUUAAUUUUGUAAAUGUGUGAUGCUGGAGCUGCUUGACUUUUUUUGUUUGUUUUGUUCUUUAGGGAGCUUUUUUCAAAAUAUAGUGGUGUUAUACCAACAAAUGUUUGGUCUUUAAACCAAUGUGUAUAAGAUUUCACAUUUAGUUGUGGAUACUUUAGCUGGGAUUAUAGAACAAAUGGGUUUUUUCUUUCUGCAGAAACUAACAAAUCAGCUUUUCUUAAUGUUUCUGUGAUGGGUGAACUG